GAGCUAGGGUGCGCAAAGCGGCGCAUCUGCGCCGGAGGCGGCUAAAAUGUAUUUCGUAAAUUGAAUUACAUUGCAAAAAAAAAUGGCUGCACUUUCACGGUUUUAGUUUCAUGUUGCUUGCGAAAAACAACACAGUGUGUUUGUCUACUUUAACAAUUGUGUGUAGUUUGUUAGUGCAAGUGUUUUGUGCAACAAAUGGAGCAGUCUUUGGACCUACAAGAAGAGGCCCUGUUUCUCGACGAGCGCAGUAACAGCGGCAACGGCGGUGCAGGUGAGCCUAUAAGCACAAGUCAAAACCCAAAUGAGCAACACGUGAGUGAGGCUACAAUAGUUGUUGCAGCUGGCGGUGGCAGCGGAGGUGUUGGCGUUGGAGGCGGAGGUGGUGCUUGCUCACCGGCUACCAGCAUUAGUCCGACAACAAUAAUAACAACAACAACAGCAGCGGCAGUCGCGACAGCUGCGUUAAAUACAACGCCCACAAAAAGUCCACAGGCACAGCCGAGGGUAGGUGGUGGAGGAGCAGGAGGAGCAUCAACACCGUACUAUGAAGAUGGUUAUCAGCCGCAACAACAACAACAACAACUGGCGGGCAGUGAUAACGGCAAUCAGCAACAACAGCAACAGCAACAGCGUUGCGAGGAGGGACAGCUGGAGAGCAGUGGCUCAACAUCCACACAACGUCAUUCCAUAAAUUCCAACGAGUUCAGCUCGACACCGAAAGGCACAACAACAGCGUCCCGCAAUGGUCUCAAUGGUGGCGGCGGUGGUGGUGGACCAGCCAGCGGUACAAGUUCGCCAAUAAAUUAUCAAAUACUGAGUAGCGUGCACGAUGAAUAUCCCUACAGCAUAGAGUAUGAGUCACAGCAACAGCUACAUCAACAACAACAACAACAACAACAUCAGCAGCAACAGCAACAACACUCGCCACAACUUGCAGCAACAACAUCAUCAGUUCAUAAUUUGGAACAUUCGAGUGCCAGCAGCUAUAGUGCGAAUCGGCAGAGUUACGUUUCACCGCCGGCCAUUGCCGCAGUGCCGCCCUCAUUGCUAAUUCCUCAGCGACAAUCGCUGCUGCCUUGGGGCACAAAUUCUCGGAGUUCGAUCAUAAACGUGCUGCCCACAUAUAGUCAAGCAGAAAUGCCAGCCUUAGCCGCAAUGUCCACAGCCUCUGGCAACGAGCUAAUAGCUCCAAGGCCAGGUGAGAUAGUGAUGCGAAAUCUAUUUAGUGAUUUCACAGCCCAGGCGGAGAAGAAAAUAGAGCUGGUUAUGCUGGAGAGCGCCGAUAAGAAUCUGUCGAAAUUAUUGCAGCGUGGCGAGGAUCAGCAAUUUGAUCAAUUGCUGUCGGCUCUCGGUUCGGUGGCUGAGCACUGUCUGCCUUCGUUGCUGCAAACACUGCUGGCUUGGCACCGUCGACAACUUUCGGAUAUGGAAAUAAAGAACGAUCUCAAGCGCUUGGACAAGCCGCUGACAAGCGCGCAAUCGGCGCAGAAACCUGGCGUUGAUUUGGAUUUGCAGCUGCAGAGACGCGAGGCGGCUGUGGAGUUCAUUUUUUGUUUGGCACUUAUCGAGAUACUCAAACAGUUGCCGUUUCAUCCUGGCCACGAGGAUCUGGUGCGCAGCAUUGAGAAUCUGGCCUUCAAGCAUUUCAAGUAUAAGGAUGCUCUCCAAAAUAAUCCCAAUGCCCACAAUAUACACAUCAUUGCGGAUCUGUAUGCGGAGGUAAUUGGCGUGUUGGCCCAAAGCCGCUUUGCAUCGGUGCGUAAGCGUUUCAUGAGCGAACUGAAAGAGCUUCGCGGGAAGGAGGUGUCCACCACCACUACACAGAGCAUCAUCAGCCUGCUGAUGGGCAUGAAAUUCUUUCGCGUCAAAAUGGUGCCGAUCGAAGAGUUUGAGGCGUCAUUUCAGUUCAUGCACGAAUGUGGUCAGUACUUUUUGGAGGUGAAGGAUAAGGAUAUCAAACAUGCUUUAGCUGGACUCUUUGUGGAGAUACUGGUGCCAGUGGCAGCGGCUGUAAAGAACGAGGUGAAUGUGCCCUGUGUGAAGAACUUCGUGGAGCUACUCUAUGUGCAAACUUUGGAUGCUUCGACCAAGUCAAAGCAUCGUUUAGCGCUCUUUCCCCUGGUCACCUGUCUGUUGUGUGUGUCGCAGAAGACCUUCUUUUUGACCAAUUGGCAUUACUUUUUGGCCAUGUGUCUGAGCAAUCUAAAGAAUCGUGAUCCCAAGAUGAGUCGCGUGGCUCUGGAGUCCCUCUAUCGUCUCCUAUGGGUGUAUAUGAUACGCAUUAAGUGUGAAUCCAAUUCGGCAACACAUUCGCGACUGCAGAGCAUUGUGAAUUCACUUUUUCCCAAGGGUUCCAAGGGUGUUGUUCCACGCGACACACCUCUGAAUAUUUUUGUCAAGAUCAUUCAGUUUAUAGCGCAGGAGCGUUUGGAUUUCGCGAUGCGUGAAAUUGUCUACGAUUUGUUGUGUGUGGGUCGAUCCAUAAAGCUUAUACUGAAUCCGGAACGUAUGAGCAUUGGACUGCGUGCUUUUCUCGUCGUUGCCGACGCGCUGCAGCAAAAGGAUGGCGAACCACCCAUGCCCCGCACUGUGCCUGUCCUGCCCUCUGGCAAUACACUGCGCGUUAAGAAAACUUACAUUAAUAAAAUGCUUACGGACGAUACUGCACGCAGCAUUGGCAUGUCCACAUACUUUCCGCAUGUGCGUCGCGUCUUUGUCGAUAUAUUGCGUGCCUUGGAUGUGCAUUAUGGCCGGCCAUUGAUGAUGACCAAUACGCAGAACCAGAAUAAGGAGCCCGACGAGAUGUUGUCCGGCGAACGUAAGCCUCGGAUUGAUUUGUUUCGCACGUGCGUGGCUGCCGUGCCGCGUCUCAUACCCGACACGAUGACAGCUCAAGAGCUGGUGGAUCUGCUCUCUCGUCUAACUGUGCACAUGGACGAGGAGCUGCGCAUAUUGACACACCAAUCGUUGCAGACGCUGGUCAUCGACUUUCCGGAUUGGCGUCAGGAUGUCGUGCACGGUUACACACAGUUUCUGGUGCGCGAUGUCACCGACACCUAUCCGCAAUUGUUGGAGAACUGUACGCGCAUUCUGUUUGUGUUCCUAAACAUAUGGCGUUGCGCUAUUUAUAUUAAUGGCACGACAGCAGGUGGUGCCACCACCGGCAGUGCUGGUGGCCCCGCUGGGGUAGCUGGUGGUGGUGCCGUUGCUGGCAUGGGUGGUACUGCUGCUGCUAGUCAACUGAAGCCCACCACCGCUGUUACUGGCGUAAAUGUGGUGACAACCACGAAUGUUAUCCAAACAACUGCCGCUGUUGCUUCGCCUCCGAAUACGACGCAUCUUCUUCAGAGCGCCAUUGGCAAGGAGACCACCAGCAGCCAGUUGUCCAGCAACAAACAGCAGCAUCUGAAUACCGCGUCCAGUGCCGCAUCCAGCAUAACCACAUCGAGUGGCAUGUCGAGCAUUACGCAGCACACGGUGCUCAACAUGAGCGCCGAUGUCGGCAAGAAGAACGAGAUACCGCUCAUGACUACGCUGCACUUUGUCGAGGGCUUCGCUUUGGUGCUGCUCUGCAAUUACAGGCCAUAUUUGCGUAAAUUGGCCGCCAUGAUCCUCAAAGAGGUGAAGAAUCUUAUGCGUGCUUUGGGUAUACCGGAAACAGAACCCCCACUCAUCGAUGUUAUGGAUCGUUGCUGUCCGCAAAUAAUUGAGCGCUGUUUGCCUUUAUUGCCGCAAACGGAGAAGACGGCCAUACUGAAUGCGAAUUGCAUUGAUCUGCAAUGGAUAGCCGAACGUACCAGCGGUGUUUGGCUCGCUGGUCUCACUGAUGACAACUCGAAAUCCUCCACCUCGACGCUCAAUCUCUCGCAGUCAAGUGGCACAGCGGCCGCUGCUGCCACAGCUGCAGCAAAUUCGGCUAGCUCAUCACAACAACAAUUCGAUCCUUGGGCCACUUGUCUUUUUGGCCUUCUCGAACGGCCUCGCAUUUUGCAGCAAUGCCCUUCAGCAGUGGCGCAGGCCUGGCCCAUUUGCUAUGCCCGUCUAAAUGCACUCUACAGUGUCAUAGAUCCAACUCCUGUCAGUGAUAAUCGCGCCUCUUUAUUACGCGGCUCAGCACCUACAAAGAAAAUGCCCACCGAAAGCCAAAGGGAUUCGUAUUUGCGUCUAUGGCGGAACCAAGUGGCCUGUGCCAUGCGUCUGGUUCCCCAAAUACCCAGCGUGGCUGUCCGAUGUGCUUCGCCCGAUCUAAGCUUGAGUUUACAAGAUCAAGCGGAUUCACGUUCGCUAUCCGAUUCCUUGGACAAUAUACCGUCAAAUGUAUUUGGGCCCGAGGGAAUUGUCACACGUUUCACGUUGCCGCUCUCCUAUGGACGCAAAGAGGCGCGCCAGAAACGACUUGGCUCAUCGCCGGAUUCCCUGAAUGCCGAUCGCAGUGACAAAUCCGCUAUGGGCAGUGCCUCACCACAGGCCCUCUACAAGCUCGUCGUCCCUCUGCUCCGCUGCGAAGUGCCCGACGUUCGGGAUGCUGCCGUCAAUGCGCUGGGCAUGAUAAAUCAUGAUGCGCUCAAGGAUUUAAUGGAGGAGCUGGUUGUCUACAUCCGUGAAGCUGUUGAUCGCAAACAGGAGAACAUGAGGCGUCGACGCAGACGGGAUGCUUUGCGUUUGCAGGUAGUACGUGUGCUCGAGAAAAUUGCUGAGAAUGGCACAUUUGGAGUGAGUACCUGUGUGCUGGAACGUGACACCAUGUCUCUACAUCCCACGUUCGUGGAAUACAUUGAAGGCGCCAUGGCCUAUCUUGUGGCCGAGACGGACAAGGAUAAUCUGAGUAUACGCGAGGUGAAGGCUCAUUUUUGCAAUUUCAUACGGAAAAUGAUAAAGAACUUUUCGUUGGAAGCCUGUGCAACAUUGCUGACUCGUGACUUGAAGCGUAAUCUAUUCAAUUUGUUUGCCACCUGGUGUGGCAGUUUUUCGAAGCCAUUGUGCAUCACAUCGCAAAUAGGUCAGACAGUGGAGGAGGAAAAGCUUCAGUUUAGCGCUUUGCAGGCUAUGUCGGCUCUUCUGUGCUGCGGCCACAUCUUUUACACACCACACCUACAGGACGAGGGCAUCAUUUAUAAAUGGCUUGACAUGCUGCUGACCUCAAAGGACGAAAAAAUUUAUCAAUUGGCAAGGGAUACUGUUGUGCUGCUUUUGGAAUCAAAUCCAGAUAUGGGACAGUUGCUCGAAUGGGUUAUAGAUCGUUGCUAUACCUCGACGCCCCGAGAGGCGGACGCCUGCUUCCUAGCACUCGCUUCCAUCUUUAGUGCCAAGGAGUAUCCGUGCGACCAUUAUACAUCGGUAAUCACCGUGACACUCCUCAUGACGGGUUGCCCUCGAGUCGAGGUGCAUGCAACGGCUCUGCAACUUUUACAGAUCCUGGAUAAGCGUUUCUUUGGCAGCGUGGUGGGAACGCUGCAUAGCGACAAUGAAAAAGAGGAUGACAAAGUUGGCACCCUGGAUGUAUUGCUUAGUAGCGCCUAUUGCCGUUCGCAGCGCUAUCUAUCGAAGCAGCUGGCGCAGCUGCGGCCGGAGCUCACCAUGUCUAUAUUCUCAGAAAUAACGCAUCGCUUUCAGAGCGCACGUGAGGAUGUGCGCGCACUGUUGUUGCAAUGUUUAUUACCGUGGUUGCAAAAUAUGGAGCUGGUGGCCACCAGUGUGCCGCCGGCGACUCCCUUGUCCUACAUUAUGUAUUUUCCGGACUCGGGAACGCGUGGUCGUCGUGACGGCACCGGUUCAACGGAGGCAACUGAAAUGAUUUUGAAUAAUCUGUUCUACAUUACCGCAAAGUUUUCUGAUGCACAUCCGCGUGACAUUGAGGAGCUUUGGGGCACAUUGUGUCAGUUCUGGCCGAACAAUUUGAAGGUCAUAUUACGCUACUUGGUCAUUAUGAGCGGCAUGGCGCCCACCGAACUCCUGCCAUACGCGAAGCGUGUGGCAUUGUAUUUGGCACGUAGUUGUCCGGAUCGAUUGCUCGACGAACUUAUGGCUGAGCUACAGACCGUGGAGACACUUAAUUGCCUGAUAGAGCGCACAGAGACGCCGCCUUUCUAUCGCCUCACGAGCAUGCGAAAGGCUUCCAGCCACAGUGCCGAUGGUCAAGCGGGUGCUGGCAUCAAUGAUUCACGUCUGCAGGACUUGGCUGUCGAGAAGGGCACCAUUCACACAAAGCGGCACAGUGGCGAGGAUCCCAUUAAGAUUGGCACAUGUAAAUCGGACAGUGGAAUACGCGCCUAUACACAAGCGGCUAUCACGCCCACUUCAGGGGGCGGCCUUGGCAGUCGCCCACCACGUGGGGCCGAUAAAAUACGCGCCGCCUCAGGGCCCUCCAUUCUGCCGCGUCCCGAAGACAUUUUAAUCAAUGAUCCGGAUCUGCGACAGGAGGAGAAUGUGGAGCUGCGCACAACAGAGGCGCCGGCCAACGCACCCCAUCCGCUGCCGAUGCCCGAAUACGGUGGCUACUUUGCGCCUCUCACAGAAUUUUUGCCGGACGUGAGCUUGCCCAUUAGUGGAUUCCAUCGUUGCAAUGUGGCCGUCAUGCUGCUCACAGACAUUGUGGUCGAUGGCAUACCCGGCAUUGAUUGGACCCUGCACCUGCCUCUAAUGCUGCACAUUCUAUUUCUCGGUCUGGAUCACACGCGCAUCAUUGUGCGCGAACACUGCAAGCAGCUGUGCGUUAAUUUGUUGAUUGUGCUCGCCGAGCACAACGAUCAUCUGACUGUGGCGCGCAUUUUGCUGAACAGCGAGACCAGCAAAUUGGAUCUGGGACUUACGGUGCCCGCCUUGCCCGUAAUAGACAACAAUUUCACGGAGGUGCAUCAGGAAUUUGAUAGCUAUCUGUUGCAUAUCAAUCCACAGACAGCCUAUCCACUGCAUCACAAUCUUUCCAGCUCCACAGUGAUUGCGGCGCAUGCUUACAAUCAACAGCAUCUCACCCAGCAACAACAGCAGCAGCAACAACAACAAAUGAUGCCAUUGCACGGCCAGAAUCUGCAACAGCCACCGCCACAAACUGGGCCAGCACAUAGUCCUUCGGGAGCUGCCACGACCGCAGCCAUACAAAUAAAUCCCAACACCUCCGAGAACUCCGAAGUGCCACUGAUUAUAGCCGACGAGCAUGCGCCUCCACAGCCGGGUCCGACAAUGCCCAUUGCGCAUGUCAUUAAGAGUCUGUUGAAGUUCCUAGCCCAGGACACUUGCCAGCCAUUGUGGAAUUACGAGGACAUUACGGCCAAGGUCUGGGCAGUGAAGUCGGCCGAGCAGCUUAGCUGCUUCCUUAAGCACAUGGUCAAGGUGUUUGCGGAUAGUUAUCCGCAGGCGCGCAUUGCCGAACGUUGGGCACAGACCGCUCUACAGUUGGGGCUUUCCUGCUCGUCCCGGCACUACGCCGGACGUUGUUUGCAAAUCUUUCGCGCCCUCAAUGUACCCAUAAAUUCGCGCAUGCUUUCGGAUAUUCUAUCGCGGCUAGUGGAGACAGUGGCUGAGCAGGGCGAAGACAUGCAGGGCUAUGUAACCGAAUUGCUGCUUACCCUAGAGGCAGCAGUGGACAGUUUGGAUUCCGAUUUCCGACCCCUCGACGUGAUGAAAGACAUCUUUAAGAGCACCCCCAACUUGAAUAACAAAGAUGGUGGACCCAAUUCCAUAUUGCCGGGCAAGAAGUCACCAUCGGGCAUGACGCCACAGUCCUCCAACUAUUCGAUACCCAGCCACGGGCGCAGCACCAGUUACUCGGUGUCAUAUUGCGGUCGCAAGGCCAACAACUCUCCAUGCGACAAGCAAGUGGAGUUACGCAAUCGUGCCACCGGCAUGGAGCUGGAACGCAGCGUUGUCUCCAAAUUUGGCGGUGCUGUUGGGGCCGGCUCUGCGCUGUCGCGUUCGCGCAGCGCCCAGAGCCUGAAAAUGCUGGGCGACACGGCCACACAGGAUGACAAGAUGACCAUUUUGGCUCAGUUGUUCUGGCUGUCGGUAUCUCUGCUGGAGAGCGAUUACGAACAUGAAUUUAUGCUGGCGUUGCGUUUGUUGACUCGCGUUCUUCACCGUCUGCCGCUGGAUCGGCCCGAUGCACGCGAUAAGGUUGAAAAGCUGCAACAGCAGCUCAAAUGGACCGCCUACCCAGGUGUCCAUGCGUUGUUAUUGAAGGGCUGUACUCACAGUGCCACCUAUGAACCCACCAUCACGCUGUUGGCCCAAUUCGCACCUCUACUCAGUCUGCCCGUCUGCGAUCCCACCCAGAGCUGCGCGUUUCCCAUGAACGUCAUUGCGCUGCUGCCCUACAUGCUGCUCCAUUACGAGGAUGCCAAUGAAAUUUGUAUACGCAGUGCGGAAAAUAUUGCACAAGUAUCGACUGAACUGGGGGCCAAGCUGGAGAAUCUGGGCACGGUAAUGACGCUAUAUAGCCGGAAGACCUUCUGCAAGGAGUCUUUCCAGUGGACCAAGUGUGUGGUGAAGUAUUUGCACGACACCUACGCUCAUAUGGGGCUGCAUAUGUUGGCCUUUCUAAUAGAGGUGCUGGAGAAGGGGCCGCAACAGGUGCAGGUCCCUGUUCUGAAUGUAAUCCAUUGCAUGCUGCAUUAUGUAGACUUGUCGGCUCCGCAGGCGCAGACCAUAAAUGCCGAUCUAUUGCGCGCUAUUGGCAAAUAUCUAGAUACUGUCAACUGGAAGGACUCGCUCAAGAUACUGAAGCUGAUUGUAACGCGCAGCUCUUCGUUGCAAGUAGUGCCUCCUAGUGAUGGCAGCAGCGCCGGCUUAUCGUUCUCUUUCUAUGGCGCAUAUCCGGACUCGGAUAUGUUCUGUAAAAAGGAACUGGCCGGUCGCACCAUGGAGUUCACCUUCGAUGUAUCGCAAACACCGCUCAUUGGUCGUCGCAUUCUGCUGAAGACAGAGGACCCUGCCUCUGCAGCGCCUACCACUGGCAGUUCAUCGCUGAACUCCACACUCACGAAUGCCACAACAGUAACGAACGCCACAGUUCUACAUGCGAUUACGCCGGCCCAACAGGCCAGUGGUCAGCUGCAGCAGCGCAGUCACAGCAAUGUGGCCGCCAUUGCCGCCUCCGCCGCCCAGCAGCAACAGCCACCACAUGGGGGUGGCAACAGCGUUGUGGGCACUCCCAAUUCGCCACGUCGCAGCGCCAGCCUCUCCCCGGCGGACACCGUGCCGCUGAGCGGCUGGAAGCGUCCGUGGAUGUCUCAGUGCCGUGUUCGCGAGUGUCUCGUCAACCUGUUGACCACCUGUGGUCAGAAAGUCGGUCUCCCCAAAUCGCCUUCGGACGAUUUCAUAAACUCAAUUUGCUCAAAGUCGUUGAGCACGUCACUACUAACAGGAUCGAUUGCGACCAGACAAAGCGUUAUCUUCAGUCAAUCGUCGGACCUCAUGGAACGCCAGUCCUCAGCAGCAUCCUCAACGGAGGAGACUUCUGGCCCGCAAGGCGAUCUCAGCAGCGGUUCGCGUCGCGAUGAUGGUCAGCCCGAUUUCACUGUCUUUAAAGAUUUCGAUUUUCUCGAAUACGAGGACAGCAUUGCCGGCGAGUCGACGGAUAAUUUCAAUUGGGGAGUGCGUCGUCAUCAGCUAUUCGAUGGCGAUGAGGAACGUCUGACUUGUGGCAGCGCCAUUGGUGGCUCCAUCAAGGGCGGCUUCUCAUCGGCAUUGGAGGACAGUUUUAGCGACAAGACACCCAUUUUGAGCAAACGUAAACGCCAAACGGCAGACGAUUCAUCCGACGAGGAGGCCGAGUCUGAAUCUCCCAUUGAUGAGGAUCACAGACAGGCCUUCAUGAAGUCGAGCUUUAGUGCUGUGCCGCCAAGUUCGUUGAGUCUGCGUGAGCGACGUCGUCGCAAUUCGGUCUCACGUAGUGACACCAGCGGUUCCAGUGCCGGAGACUUGGGCGACAUCACGCCCUGCAAUGCCUCACCCCAUCUGCCUGGCAUCAUACGAUUUGGUGCGGCAAUACGCGAUGAGGCCGAAGAGAAUUGGCGUCGUCAGCUGCAGGCCAUGCUGGUGAACCAGCCCUCGGCACACACGUCGGAGCUGCUUUUGCAGUUGUAUCGUCUUAUCAAGGAGCUCACAUUCAAGACCAUCAGCAUCUCGAAAGAGGCCAAGAAGUUCUUCACAGGCAUUGGCUCUCAGCUGGGAAAUCGCAUAUCACUAUUCACCGAUUUGUUGAGCUCUCGUGCGGAUCCGCCGCGCGUCUGGUGCAGCGAGCUUCAGGCCACGACUCCAAAAUUGUUCGAAACGCUGCGCUUUAAUGUGCUGGAAGUCCAGGAGCACUUGGAAACGUUUUUCGAUCGAAAGGAUCAGGUCUUAGAGUGCUUGGACGCUGUGAAGACGUCGUGCAAGUUAUCGCUGUUUAAUGAGUCGGAUGUAGCCGCCUCAGGUUUAGAGAUGCCCAGCUGCUCCAGCAUUGCUUAUAUGCCCUUCGAUCCCGCAUCGACUGAGGUGGUGUUGGACUUGGGACGGUCCUUGUAUAAGCUCAUGUUUCAGCUACUCUUGCUUAUCGAAUCCAAUCAUAAAAUAUCUUCGAAUGUUGUGAAUCAUUUUCGUAUUAAUGAAGACAUGCAUGACAUAUCUGAUCUCUAUGCCCUGGUGCGCGAUGCUUUGGUGCGUUGUACCAGCGAGGCUGAUCUCGAUUGCCUGGAGUCGUCGACCUCAACGGAGGGCGAGCACACGCCCACACCCUCGCCCGGCCUGCCCAUGACCCAGGAAGAGUUCGAGUCUGCACUGAACGAGCACAUUGAUCAACAGCGCUGGCCGAGUGCCAUUUCCCAUGUGCGUCAAUAUAAGCGCAUUACCACUCUGAAUGCAGCCGAUCAAAACCUGACUAUCUUCAGCUAUAGUAAUUUGGAUAGUCGCUUGAAGUUCGAUGAGAUGUCGAUCAUAUUGAAUGCCUAUGCUCAUAGCAUUAUGAAGGAUCGCACUGAGGCCUUUAUUGUAUCGAAAUCGGAUUCGGAACUAUUUGAGGUGUAUGCUAUUCUAUCCGAGAAUUUGUAUCAUGUCUCCAGUGCGCUUACCAACAUGGAAAUCGACAUGAAAAGCUAUUCGGCCAGUGCAGCCUCAGGGAACUUGCAUCGCAGCGAACAGGACAUUGUGACAAAUCUUUAAAUAUAUACAUAUGAGAAACAUAUAUAACUAAUACUACACUAGACGCGAGGGGCGUACUUUAGUCUCUAAGCACUUUUUAUAGCCACUUUAGAUAGAUGCAUGAAGCAUUGUAGGCCCUAAAAUUCAGAUCAAGGCUAUUUGUAUUAUUGUGUACGAACAAAUAUGUUUUAUGAAUAAUUUAAUUACACAUUAAAUGUUUUAUCUUAGUGCACAAUUAGUUAAUAUCUAAUUAUGUAUUUUGAAAUUGAUGCAAAUUUA